AUUAAAACUGGUUGUUUCUUGAGGUUGCCCUGCAUGCCGUAUUCAAGAUGAUGGUGUGCGUGGGAGUUGGUAGAAGGAAGAAACGUGCCUCUCGCCGUUAGUUUUCGUUGAGCUGCGAGACAGUCACGGAAGAAUAGGGUGAAUGUGGCUGGGUGCAGGCUCCUAUUGCUCUGUAAUCCAGUCUGUUUUCUGACAGCUCAAAGGGUAGUGGGAUCAAUUUGCGAAUAACACGAGAGACAGCUUUCAGGCGGAAAGCGCUCUAUGGUGAAGCAUUCUUUUACGGAUUUGCUUACAUCUGCAGCAUGCGUUUGUAAUUUAAUUGCUGCCGUUUUCUGGACUGCGGAUUAGUGUUGGAUAAUUCUAUAAGUCUGUACAGCGUUUGAGUUUCGCUUAAUGCUCACACACAUUUUCCCUAUUAAAAAGUUUUUGUCGUUUGCAUUGCGUCUUCAUCUUCAUCCUGAGCCAAUGCAGAAUUCCAAAGUCUGGUUAGUCGAAGUUUAGUAAGAAAGCGACUUUCACCAUUUCGAUACUUGUUUCCCUUUUUUCUCGUUUUACUUCACCACUCGCCUUUGUAGAAAGACAGAACUCCUAUCUCUCCUUCCAGGGGCUGUUACUUGAUCACUAUUCUUGCACUCUUCAGCUUUCUUUUCAUCACUACGUGUCACACCGCAUUGACACUCGGAAUUGUUUCGCAUGCUUCCCUGAAGAAGCAGAAGACUCACGGCCAAUUCCACUAUUUUCUGAUUUUCUUUUUCUUUUCAUGAAUGUACGAUGGAACUCUUCCAAUCUAUCAUCAUUCAGGGAAUCAAGGGUUUAAGAAUCACGAAUGCUCACCUUUCGUAAGGUUUCCUCUAGCUUUUGUGAUGUUCGGUUGUUUCCUCGUGUUCAUCACUUGGAGGUCUCCGUACUCAGUUGGAGAAGGAUGUGAGGGAUGACGUCAAGAAGUAGCCCUUGCGCUUGAGCUGGAUGUCAUUCCAGUUUAGCUGGUAGGGUGUUAAAGGCGCCAGAGUUGUUUACAAGUCCAAGAUUCAAAAGCAGGUGAAUUAUGGCGAGCAUGGAGCAGGAUAAGAAGGAAAAAGUUUAUGUGAUAAUUCGUGUCCGGCCAUUAAGCAGAGAGGAGGCCACGGCGAGGAGCCCUUGGAAGCUUUCUUCCAAAUGCAUCGCUUCAAACAAGACCUGUCGACCAUCCGUGCCGAGCCAUUCCUACACAUUUGACAGGAUAUAUGGCACGAAACCGCCCACAUUGGACAUUUACAACGCUCAUAUCAAGGACAUCAUCAUGACAACCAUGUCUGGAAUAAAUGGAACUGUCAUAGCGUACGGACAGUCUCGCAGUGGGAAGACAUUCACUUUGCGAGGAUCGUCUGAAGAAGUGGGCAUUCUCAUGUUAGCCGUGCAGGACAUAUUUCAAAUUGUCCAGGAGGCCUCCAGCAGAGAAUUUCUUAUUCGCAUGUCCUACUUGGAGGUUGCAAACAACGAACUGAAUGAUUUACUGGCAUCGAAGAGCCACAAGCUGGAUGUCCGUGAAGAUUCUGAGCUUGGAGUUGUUAUUACAGGGUCAAGAGAGGAAAUUGUGAACAAGCCGGAACAAGUUAUUUCGCUUCUUGAUUUUGCAGAAGCACGUCGUUCAGCUGAGUCAACUAACACGAGUUAUGGGCUUUCACAUUCCGUCUUUCGAUUGGUCAUCGAGAGCAGCAGCCUGGAGCAGCAGAAGAAUUCAUUCGAUGCACAUGAAAGAGAUGGAUAUCAAAUUUCUGUUCUGAACCUUGUCGAAGUAGCCGCAGAGAAAUCCAAUCUUGGGAAGAAUGAAAAUUCUUCUCAAGUGGGAGUGCAACCUGACAAAUGCUUGGCAGCUUUACAUUCUGUCGUCAGCAAGUUGAGCGAGGGUGCUUCGAUCGAGGGAAAUAGUGUGCCUUACGCUGAAAGUAAGCUAACACAAAUUUUGCGUCCAUCACUCGGAGGGAGCGCAAGGACUUGUGUUAUUUGCAAUAUCUCCCCAGCCAUGGUCCAUAUGGAUGCGACAAUUGCAUCACUAGAGUUUGCUUCAAAAACAACCAAACUGCUGAACUGUUUCAAAGUGAAUCAGGUGUGCACGGACAAGGCACUGUUGAAGCGCCAAAGACGGGAAAUUAUGGACCUUCGUAGCAAGCUUAAAGAACUUCGCUUUCCGGACCUGGAAGAGGAGAUCCUUAAUCGUCGAAAUGCCCUACUAAUGAUUGAAUUAGAAAGAGAGCAGAUGUCUUUAGAGCUCUUUGAAAGGACUCCUUCAAGCUCCCAGGGAGAAAACAAGGAGCAUGAUCAAGAACCAAGGGGAGAAAACAUACCUUUCGAGGGCGAAUCUGGAUUUGAGAAAUGUUUUGAUAUGCCAAUGGGUGAGUUCAAUGAUUCAUUACAAAAGAAGAACUUGGCAGAUUAUCUUGGAUACUUCAACUCUGCGCAAGGACUCCAUGAGUUGGACCUUGAUUUGCAAAUGAAUUGCACUGGACUUUGUCUGGGUCCAUCUGUUGGAACGAAGAGGAAAAGGAGAUCCUAUACGACAGCUGUUGCAGAUAAGCUGGAGCAGGUGGACUUGCUGUUUCAAUCGAAAGUGGCUAGAGAAGUCAGCUGGAUGAAGUCAGAAGGUCUAGCAGAACGUCAGAAACUUACAGAAUUGCAAGCAUUCAUUGCUCAAGAAAACAAUGAGCAACAGGAGCUUCUCACACAAGGAGAUGAGAACUGCAGAACCUUGCAACGUCGAGUUGCAGAACUGGAGGCAGAUAAAGCAUCGUUGGAGAAGAGGUUGAACGAGCAAGAAGUCUCUCACACGAAGGCAAUGGAGGCUCUAAAGUAUGAGCUUGCCCUGGAAAAGUCUAGACAUAAAAUGGUAACAGUGGCGGAGAAGGGAGUUAAGGACGCAGAUAAAAUUCAUACUUCAAAUGGUUUGGAAGGUCAACAUGAGAGUUUCCACGAGAGACGACGUGGUUUGGAAGAAAAUGCAGUGAAACAGAAUACAGAAACGCAGUCUUGCACGUCACAAGAGGUUGAAGACCAGCAAAGGCUUUCAAAAGAAAAAGAAGGUCAAACCACCCCAACGAAAAGGAAGGCCUCGAAGGCUAAUAAGGUAUUUCAGAAGUUUCAGAGCUUCCAAGGUCGGUCAGAGCUGUCUAAUGUGCGCAAGGAGCUUGCAGUUGCAAACGAGACGAUUACGGUUCUAGAAGAUGAGCGAAAUAGUUUAUGGAAAGAUUUGAACCAGAUGAAAUCCAAGUUCAAAGAAAUCUUGGGCAAACUGGAAGCAGACAAUUUUGAGGAGGACAGCAGAGGUGACCAUAAAUUUCACCAACAGAUGGCUGCUGCUGUGGAUACGCUGAAGGCUGAAGUGGAGUCCACAGCAUCCAUAACUGAUGGUCUACUCGCACUUCUAUCGGAGAGCUUUCAAAUUUUAGGCGCUGAUUUGAAGAGUUUCCAGGAAGGUGUGGCCGAAAUCAAGGUUUUAAAUGGGGCGCAAGCUGACGUGUCGGAGUCUUUAGAGUAUGCCAAACUGCAACUAUCGGCUUUGAGGCACGGGAAGCUCGCAUCUGAUAAAGAAGUCUUUUCUAUGAAGUCCGAGCUUGCCAAGUUGGAGUGUGUCGUAGAGAGGCAAAGUGGCGUGCUGAAAGUGCUCUCUGAUAAUGAAAACUUGUUGAAUGAGCUUGCUUCCGUGAGGGCAGCUAUGAAAGAGGCUGCGGGAGCUUCUGAACUUCAGAUGUCCUCUAUUCAACAAGAGUGCGACAGUAGGUUGAAAGAGCUUGAAUCUGAUUAUAAGCAUUGGAGACAGGAAUACUUGCAACUUGAGGAGGAACAAACAAAACUUCAAGACAAAUUCUCAACAGCAGAAGCGGAAGUGAUGCGGUUGACCCAAGCUCUAGAUGAGAAGUCAAAGCAAGACAAGAGACCCGCAAAGAACAUCAAGGCGAGAUUAGCAGAAGCAGAGGCUGAACUUGUGCUCCUGAACGGUCAAUUGAAAGAGAAAUUACUCUUCGAGGAAGAUCAACGGAAGGUUGAAGAAGAACUUGCUGACAGCAAAGCUGAGGUUGAAAAGUUAAAGAAAGAAGUAGAAGAGAGAACUAGGUUGGAAAAGGAACACAACCAAGCUUUGAGUAAACUUGCAAAGUUGGAGUUUGAGGUCGCGAGGUUGACUGCUGCAAAUGAGGAAAAUAAAGUGUUGGAUCUCGAGCAAAAGAAUCUCCAGCUCAAGCUUGAGUCGGAAAUUGCCAACCUGAAUAAGCUACUGGAGGAGAAGUCAGGAGUUGAAGAGCAGCAAAAGAAGAUCCAAGCUGACCUUGCUACCUUGCAAGAGAAAAUUGAAAAUCUUACUCGAGAAGUUGAGCAGAAGGACAUAUUGGAGAAAAAGCAGUGCGAGCUUGUCUCUAGACUGGAAGUUUCUGAGAACGAGGUGAGAAGGCUGACUGAGUUGUUGGAUUUUAGUAAGGAGCACUCAGAAGUCUAUCUCGGAGAAAUGUUGGAGAGAUUUCGAAUAUCCGAGGCUGAAGUUGUAACGUUCAAUGAGAGCCUUCAACGAGAGAUUGAAGAGCGACGAAGACUACAGGAGGUGCACUGUAAGGACGUAAGUAACAUCGAAAAGUUAGAGGCUGAGACCAGACGAUUGUCUGAAAGCCUGCAACAGGUACUGGUGGAGAGAGAAGGUUUAGAGGAGGAACGCUUGAAACACGUCGACGUUAUUUCUCGUAUGCAGACCGAGAUUGAAGGAAUGUCACAGAGCGUUACUGCCAUAACGGAAGCGAAGGAGUUCCUGGACAAGGAGAAGAAGCAAGCGCUCGCAGCUCUAGGUACCACAGAGGCUGAGUUGAAAAGCUUGGCUGAAGGCCUCCAUCGUGAAUCGGGUUUACGGGAGAAACUAGAGAAGGAGCUUACAGGAAGUCAUGAUGAAAAUCUCAGCUUACAAGCAGACGUAGAGAAGGUGACUGAAACACUUCGGAUAGCAAUGGAGGAGAAAGACAUGCUAGAAAAGGACCACCAAAUGAACCUAGAAACAAUCGCGAUCUCCGAGACUAAAGUUCACAGGCUCUCUGCUAGCCUUCAACAAGUCUUGGAGGAGAAGAUCUCACUUGAGGAGGAGCUCAAAAAAGGCUUAGUUGAAGUUUCCAGUUCAGAGGAAAGGGUCAAAGAACUGACUCAGAGACUUGAAAGGGAAAAGGAGAAAUCUAAAAAGCUAGAGGAAGAGCUGGAAAAGGGGUUCGAUGACCACACUAACUCAGAGUCCCGAGUUACCAGGCUGGUCAGAUCACUAGACGAGGAAAUGGAAGAGAAGGAACAACUUGAGAUUAGGCUCGAGGCAUGUACAUCAAAGCUUGUCUCCGCUGAAGGUGACGUUGCGACAUUGACCCAAAGUCUUACUAAAGUUUUACAAGAGAAAGUGGCGCUGGAGAAACAACACACCGAGACGCUUGAAACUUGCACUCGCUUGAAAUUGGAGGUCGCAAGGUUGUCUGAAAGCAUGAAAAGGGAGGCUGAAAGUCGCGAGAAGUUUGAGAGGGCUGUCAGUGGGGAGUUUGGAGAAUGCGCAAGGCUUACUCCAAGCAAAACCCGUAAAGUAAAAGAAAGAAAAUGCUCCCAAAUGGACCGCGAUGCAGCCGCUGAAAGAACUGCUAGUUUACAAAUUGAGCUUGACGAGCUGAGAGAAAGCUUAGUAGAGGAAAUAGAAACGAGGAAGCAACUGGAGAGGGACCAUGCUCAUGUCCUUGAGCAGCUUGGUGUGUCGAAGGCAGAAGCUGCAAGCUUGACUGAAAGCCUAACAAAAGGAGCCGAGGAGAGUCGAAGUUUGAUGACUGACCAUAGUCAUAUUCUUUCAAGACUUGCUACCUCGAAUUCCGAGAUCGCCAGCUUGAGUGAUAUGCUAGAGGAUAAACCGCGCUUGGAGGAAGAGUUACAGAACUUCCAGCUCAUACUUGCAAGUUCAGAAGCUGAAAUAGUGCGGCUGAAUGAGGAACUGAUUGUCAAGGGUAGACUUGAAAGCGAGCACAGACGUACUCAGCGUGAACUCGCUGCGGCGGAGGAAGAAAUUAAGAAGUUGCAGGAUGAGAAGUCGAGAUUGGAGAACUUAGAAAGGGAUGUUCUGGUCCGAUCAACGACUCCUGAUACUGAAUGGUUGAGGUCAAGUGACGUGACAGAGAGGACCAGACUUGCGGAAGAGUUACAGGUCGUACGCUCUGAACUAGCUGAGACUAAGGCAGAGCUGGCCAUUGUGAGAACUGCUCUGAGUAAGAAGCUGGGCCUGGAAGAGGCACAGAUCAAAACACAGAUGGAAUUGGUUGAUAAGCAAGGAGAAUGUGAAAAGCUCAUGAAAGAAGUGCGUAUAAACCGAAAAAUGGUGAAAGAGCAGAAGAGACUUCUCCGCAAACUUACUAGCACCCAGUCUGAGGUUUCCAAAUUGAAAACGGCCAUUGUAGGAAAGUCUGAAGAGCAGACGAAGGAUACACAUGAAUGCGAUAGGGCGGCUGCUGAAGCGACGGGUCCAGUUGGCACACCUGGUGUUGGAACAAAAUUGGACUCUGAGCUUUCGAGGAUGCGGGAGAAACUUGCGAGUACAGAAAUCGAAGUUAGAAGGUUGACGAACUUAUUACAAGAGAAGGAAAAACUGGAGGGUAAUAGUAUUAAUGUUCAGCUUGAGCUUGUUAGAGCCGAGAACGAAAUUCAAAGGCUGGCAGCUGCCCUAGAGGAAACAUCCAGUCUGAAUGAGCUGUGGAAGGUUUUUCAGCUCACACGUUCAGACGGAGCCGUUUCAGCACCAAGAAACUUAAGCCUAGACGACUUUCUUACAGAGAUGCUGGAAAGGGAAAAGAAGUUCAAAGAGCAGGAGAUGGAGUUACAAACGAAGGUAGCUGCGUUCGAGGAAAAGAAGUUCAACGUCCUGGAUAUGAGUAAAAACUGGGGGAGAGAUUACAAGUGCGCAGAUUGUGAAGUAUUUCAGACACUUCUGGAGAAGAUACGGAAAGAAAGAGAUGGGUUCAAGGAAAUGUGUACAGCUGCUGAGAUAAAAUUAAAGACUUCGCAAGAGGAACUGGAGAAUCAGAAAAAAGCUUUUGAAGUAGCAGAAAGAAACUGGAAGACCAAGGCUCAAAAGAAUGAAAAAGAUUUGGCAGACUUACGAACAAAAGUUACGAAAAUGGAGGAAGGCACCGGGUGGAUUGUAAGGGAGAAGAAGGCGCUUGAGGAACGACUGAGUUGCAGCGAAUCACAAAUUGCAACUUUACGAGAAGCUGCCCGAGCAACAAACAAAGAGAUGGAGAUGACCCAUCACAAACUCCAUCUCCUUACGACCCAGCACCAGUCUGAUGUUGCUGCAUUUUGUAAUGAGCUUUCCAUGAAAACUACACGGAUUGCAGAACUGGAAAAGGAAGUGAAGUCUUUCCUAAGUCAUCCUCCUCCACCGGCCCCAGCCAUGCCAAAUGACUUUUCCAGUUAUCUCAACUCUCCAUUUAGACCACCGCAAUGGCCUUAUCCUCCACUGCAGCCACCACAGCAGCAGGCUCACCAUCACGAUCCCCACUGGGGUGCUGGAUCCAAUAAAGGACCACUGAGGUGAAUCAGAAUCACAAGUAUUGAAAAUGUCUACACAUCCCGAGAGAAGGUCAAUAUCAAGGUAGUAUCCAGGUAGGGUAAGCAUUGUUCAUCGCAACUAAAUAUUUGUCUGGGAUGGGAGAAAGAAACGCAGUUGCUAGGUUUGUUAUUGUUGAGAAUCGUCUUAUUGUUGAGAAUCGUGACUUUCGACUUGGUCAGGAUUUAUGUUGCUCCAAUAGCAGUCCGCGGAUAGGGAGUGAAGUACAUUGGGAGUCUCUUUCCAACGGGCUCUCUGUGUACCAUAAUUUAUGCAAAUUUCUACCGAUAGCUUCCUUUACUCGAGUAGCGAAAUCAUGUUCAGGAUCUCUGUGGAAGUUCACCACAAUGUAUGACCUUGUAAUAUGAUGUAAAGUAGACUGUCAUGUUACAUAGUGCUGAAGUAUAGCGCAUCAAGAAUCAAUGAUGCGUACGUAACUUUCGAUUGCAAGAUUCAAAAAGACUCAACUUUCGCUCGAUAUAUCAGGUGAGUGAGCAUACUCAAUUUUAUAAGAGUAUCGUUUUCGGGCACCCUUAAAUUGUUUCAGACCCAGCUUACAAAGCCUCUUUUCAACCUCGCAGAUUGAGCUUAGAUCUUCAAAAUUUGUCACGAACUCCGAAAUG